AAAACAGACGCAAAUACGUUUAAAGAGGAAGAAGAGGAAGUGUGGAUCACUCAGGAGGAGGCUGAUCUCCCCGAGUUUCCACCGACUGUGAAGACUGAAGACCUUGAAGACCUUGAAGACAAAGCACCCGAGUCCUCACACCUUCAUCACAGUCCAAAACAUCUUCUCCCUGAGCAGCAGGUGAAGGAGGAGCCACACACCUCCCACUUUAAAGAGGAAGAGGAGGAGCACGGCAUCAGUCAGGUGGGAGAGCAUCAUGAAUGGUUGGAGGAGUACCCAGUGGUUGUGAAGAGUGAAGACGACGAGGUCAAAGUUGAAAGUGAGGAGAAGAGAGAGACAGAAGGUGACGGAGACCAGUGUGGAGGACCACCAGCAGACAAGAUCUCAGCUCCACUAUCAGAUUUCAUUUCUAAAAUAAGGGACUUUUCAAGACUGGACCGUCAAUCAAAGCAGGAAGUGAUGAAUGCCGGGAGACCGACGCCAGAGCUGCCGGAUCUGAUCCAAACGUGCGGGGUCCGAGGGCAGAAAAUAACGCGUUCGUUCCAAAAGGAUUGGUAUACUCGAAAAGAAUGGCUUUGUGGCUGCCCCGCCAAGAAGCGUCUCUAUUGCUAUCCCUGCCUGCUAUUCUCAAAGAGCGACCGCGUCUGGACCCAAAUGGGAUAUACCGACCUGAAAAACCUGCCGAGAAGCCUGGAAAAGCACGAAAGCUCGUCGGCUCACAUUCAUGGCCAGAUUUCUUUCAAGACGUGUGGAAUGUCACGUGUUGACCUGGCUCUGAACGAGCAGCGGAGACUGAACAUCAGCAUCCACAAUGCCAGCGUCAAGGAAAAUCGGGAGAUACUGAAAGACCUGAUAAACGCCACUUGCUAUUUGGGGAUGCAGGGGCUCGCAUUUGGUGGAACGAGCUCCUCCGAUGGUGGCAAUUAUGUGCAACUGUUGCACUUGUACGCCGAGAAAGAUGAACGUUUAGCGAGGCACCUGCAAACGUCCCCGGUGUUCACCGGCACGUCGGACGGAAUACAGGACGGUUUGGUGGAAGCUGUAGGCGACGUGAUCAGAAAUGACAUCAAAAAGGAGAUUAAAGCAGCCAGAUUUGUGGCGGUGAAGGUGGACCAGACCACGGACGCCACAAACCAAGCCCAGAUAUCUCUCGUUUUACGUUACGUGACCACAACGGGAGGCGUGAAGGAGGCCUUUCUGGGAUUUGACGACGUGAGCGGUGACGGACGUGCCGCGGCCGUAGCCCGCCGUGUUUUUGGAGCUUUGGAGAAGUACGACUGUGUCGCCAAGCUGGUGGCUCAGACGUACGACGGCGCCUUGAUGACGGCGUCAGAGCUGGACGAGGUGCAGGCUCGGAUCAGAGACCGGAUCCCAGAGGCCAUGUUCACCCACUGUCACACCCACCACUUGAACAUGCUGCUCUCACAUGCCGCAAAGUGCAUUCCAGAGUGUCGGCUCUUUUUUAGAACGGUAGAGGGAAUGACGUCGUUUUUCAACAAGUCCAAAAGCUUAACAGCUGAAGUCGUGAAGCGACGUUUGCCCACCAAAUGGAGCUCAAAUUCCCAGCUGAUGCAGCCAUUAGGCAUGUACCAAAGUGACCUGCGCCAGGUACUGCGCAUCAUCAGCGAAGACCCUGACAACUGGGAUAACCACACCCAAAUGAUGGCCGUCGGAUAUGACGCCUGGUUGUCCAAAACGUCAACCUGGUUUUUGAUCAUGACGUACCAGGACAUUGUCCGUCACACCAACUCCCUCUUUAGAACGCUGAAGAGGCAGACAACAGACUUGGGACUUUGCCGCUCACAGAUACGUGACACCAUGGCGGCUAUUGAGCGCUCGGUACGGGAGUUCGACACCUUCUAUGAUAAGUUUGAGCGGAGAUGCGAGGCCCUGGGUCUGACCGAUGACGGGAGAAGGCAAAGCGGCCUGUCAGUCAAAGAUGAGAGGAAACGGACGUUUGACCAAAUCCUCCAAAAUGUCCGCGAGCAACUGAAAGCCAGGUUCGAUCAAUUUGGGGACCUGGCUUUCUUCGGAUUGGUGGAUUGUGCUAGAUUUCAGGAAAUGUCACAGCACUUUGACGACGCCAAACUGCAGAGCUUAUCGUCAAAGUACAACAGCUUUUUUGACCUGGUCAGGCUAAAGUCCGACCUCGUGGGACUGUAUGGUUCACAACAGGUGAGGAGCGAGUGCAAGUCUCCAGACCAGCUUUUCAACUUUUUAGUCCAGAAGGAUCUGUUAGGGACUGUCCCUGAAGCCACUAAGUUGCUCCAGCUGGCGCUGACUUUACCUGUGACGGCGGCGUCCGCGGAAUGGUCAUUUUCUACUUUGCAAAGGAUCAAAACAUACAGUCGGAAUAGGACUGACCCAGGACGGCUUUCUUCCCUGGCAAUUAUCUUCGUUGAGAGAGAGAGACUUUUAAAACUCAAAGAAAUAGAGAAAAAGGAGGACUUCUACAACCAAGUCAUAGAGAUCUUUAUCCAGAAGGAAAGGCGAAUGGACUUCAUUUACAAGUAAAGGAUCCCAAAAAGGAUCAACUUCAGACCAUGGGCAAGUUUGGAAUGUUAGGUGAAGCCAAUAAUGUACAUCAUCCCACAGAGCUUUACUGUACGUACAGUCAUCCAAUAAAUGUUCUAUGUCGCCAUCCAGUGUUAUCUUCAACAUUAUUUUGAGGGGUAGA